AUGGCAACAGAUAAAAGAAAGGCUCCGAACGAUGAUGCCUACCUUUCUAGCUCGAAUCAACUGGUCAAGAGACAAAAAUCUGUCCCUAGAGAUGCAGGAAAUACUGUCGCUAUAUCGUCAUCUACAACUUCGGGCGGGGCUCUAAUAAAAGCAGUUCCCCGGACAAGCGCGUUGCAAGCGCCCAUAAUGGAGCUUACGGGGCAUUCGGGGGAAAUUUUUGCAGUCAGGUUCGAUCCGACUGGGGAACACAUAGCGUCUGGGUCAUUUGACCGAACAGUACAGCUGUGGAAUACCUAUGGCGACUGCAUUAACUACGGGGAAAUAAACGGGCACAGAGGUGCUGUUCUCGAUCUGCAGUGGUCCCGAGAUGGUCGUAGCAUUUAUACCGCAACAACAGAUUCACUGGUGGCGGACUGGGAUGUUGAAACAGGUCAGAGGAUACGAAGGCACGUCGGCCAUGAAGAUAUUGUCAACGUUAUCGAAAUAUCGCGGAAGGGGCUAGAGAUUAUUCUCAGUGGAAGCGACGACGGUACAAUAGGAAUCUGGGACCCCAGAUCGAAGGAAGCUAUCGACUACCUCGAAACAAAUUUCCCAAUAACUUCAGUCGCUAUUGGAGAUUCAGGAGUGGAAAUCUACAGUGGAGGUAUUGAAAAUGACGUCAAGGUUUGGGAUUUGAGGAAGAAAGCCGUGGUCGGCAGUUUGCGAGGACACACAGACACAAUAACUUCUUUAAGUGUAUCACCAGAUGGGCAAUCGUUAUUGUCAAAUUCAAUGGAUUCCACAGUGAGAACCUGGGACAUAAGACCAUUCGCAGCCUCUGAUCGUCUUUUAAAAGUAUUCGAAGGUGCCCCCUUUGGAUUGGAGAAAAACCUGGUUAGGGCCAGUUGGUCGCCUCGAGGUGAUAAGAUUGCGGCUGGCGGUGGUGACCGCACUGUUUGUGUGUGGGAUUCCGACUCCAAGAAGCUUUUGUACAAGCUUCCUGGGCACAAAGGGACGAUCAACGACGUUCGAUUCAUGCCUGGAAAUGAACCUAUCAUUGUUUCUGCCUCCUCUGAUCGAACCCUCCUCCUUGGGGAACUCGGCAAGUAG